CGCAGCCCUUUAAAUGACAGCUUGUGUCCCUGGAUACUGAUUUCAAAACACACACAUUUAACCAUCAGACGUAUUGUGAAUUCGUAGCAGAAAGACACAAUUAAGAUCAAAUUGAAUAAAACGCUAGACAUAUUGGCGUUGUCCUCGUUAUUAGCGGAAUAAGCAGGAAUAUAUAUCAAGGAGAUAUGCAACUUUAAAGAUGAUGUUUAUUAAAGAGGAGCAUGAUGACACAUCUGAUCCAGAACCCUGCACAGCAGAAAAUCAGCACCAGGAAGGCCUGACGGAAGUGAAAGAGGAAAGUCAAGCUCUGAAUGAAAUGGAGGAGAGACGUCAGCUUCACAAAGCUCAUGAUGUCCUCACUGGAGAAAAAUCAUUGAUUUGCCCCCAAACAGGAAAAAACAAUCUCUCUCAAAGCAGCACUCAGACAACAGCCAAAAAACCUUUCGCCUGCUCUCUGUGUGGAAAGCAGUGUGCCCACAGAGGCCACCUGAACGAUCACAUGUUAACUCACACCGGAGAGAAGCCGUUCGCUUGCCCUCAGUGCGGGAAGAGAUUCUCACGCAGAAGAAGCCUCAACGAUCACGUACUGAUUCACAGCGACGAGAAGCGCUUCGUCUGUCCUCAGUGUGGGAAGAGUUACAAACGCAACGAGCACUUUCGGAGUCACUUACUGAGUCACGAUGGAGGCAAGCCCUUCACCUGCUCGCAGUGUGGAAAGAGGUUCAGUUUUAAACGAACCCUUAAGGAUCACAUCAAACUUCACACUGGAGAGUGUCUGCACACGUGCCUUCAGUGCGGAAAGAGCUUCCUGAAUAAAGGACACCUUAAGGAUCACAUCAAAAUCCACACCGGAGAGCGACCGUUCACCUGCCCUCAGUGUGGAAAGAGCUUCAUCAGUAAACAAAACGUUACAUCUCACAUGAGAAUUCACACGGAGGAGAAGCCUUUUAAAUGCCUUCAGUGUGGAAAGGGUUUUGCGUGGGCGAGCUGUCUGAAAAUCCACAUGCGCCACUCUCACUCGGAAGAAAGGGAGUUUACCUGCGAGCACUGCAAUAAAACCUUUGUUUUAGAGUCGUACCUAAAGAGACACUUGAAGAUUCAUCAAAACGAGAAACCUUUCGUCUGCUCGGUUUGCGGGAAAAGCUUUUUGUGGCUCCUGUGUUUCAAAGCGCACCAGAAAAUACACGAGGGCGUGAAAACCCACGUGUGCUCCGAGUGCGGCAGAGCCUUUGCCACGGCCGAUUAUUUGAUAAAACACCACAAAAUCCAUAUGGGAGAGCGGCCGUACGUGUGCUUGUACUGCGGAAAGAGUUUCACUAAGAAAGCAAACCUGGUAGAUCAUGUAAGGCUGCAUACUGGAGAGAAGCCGUACACCUGCGCUCAGUGUGGAAACAGUUUCACCUCGAGAAAAGGUCUGAGCUAUCACAGAGAAAAGCAUUGUUCUCAAAGCGUGCCUCAGUCAUGUUCCCUUGAAAUCCAGAUCGUGCCAGAUAUGCCUAAAGAUUGCGUUUCUACCAUUGCAUCUACAACCUUUAGUGGUGAAUAAGCUCUCGUUCAGUCUAAAUGGCAGCAGAAAAUUUGUGCAUCUAGUACUUUAUUGUUAAAGAAAGUGUAAGGGAAGGAAAUAAAACAGAAAACCAAGACAGUGAGGGUGGAGUCUGGAAAACUGUACAUAUAUCAGAAUACACAAAUGUAAAUAAAGACCUUCUGUAGCUCCGCCUCUUUUCAGCGCUGCACUCAUCGUCUUCUGCCUUCUGUUUUUAUUUCCACAGUGUGAAGGAUUUCUGAAUGAACUGUUCAGUUUAAAAUAUUCCAGGUCUACUGAUAUUUAUUUAUUUAUUUAUUUAUUUUUGAAAUCUUCUUCAAACAUUACAAUGCACAUAAGUUGUGUUAAAUUUACAAGUAAAUCCACUACAGCCAGCGGAUUACUCUUUAACAGUGAAGCUAUCCACCUUAUUUUUCGAUAUGGAAGUAAGCCUUGUUUUGCAAAUGUGUGAGACUUCCAGUUCAUUAGCCACUGUAGAGAAAUAACGAGAAGAAAAACAACAUAUAGUCAACUGAAAAUCUGUGUGAUCCACAAACCGGUGUGUUCAUAACUUAGAUAAUAGUUUAAAAAAAUAUGGUAAGAUGCACCAGUUUGCCAUAUCCAGCAGCAGAACAAGCUGUUAUGUUUUAUUGUUGUAUAGUGUUAAAAUAAUUAUGCUAUAUUGAUGUGUGCAUGCCCAGUAGCCACAGCUGUAUCCUAACUGGCCUUAUCCAGCUAUCCUGCUCUUACGAGAAAAAUAAGGUGGUAUCCAGCUACUGCAAAAAGUUCAGAGACAGAUUUCUGAAGAUGGCUGCGCACUUGUUUCUCUGAUGCUCUAUAGUAUAUUUAGAGAGGGUCAAGCAUGCACCUAGAGGAAUAGCCUAUAUUUAAAAAAAAAGUAGCAUUUUUGUAUUUUAUUUUAUUUGUUUUAAUUAAUUUUUUUCCAAAGUAGAAUUGUCCUGGUCAAGAAUGUAUACAAUCCUUGUUGAUGAUUCAAUCAAGCAAAUUCCAAGAUCUAGCUAGCUGUAUAGAAAAUAAUAUAAUGUGCAUUAAA